AUGCCGACGUCACCGGAGGUAGUCGGCCAUCUUUUGCGAGAGAUUGCCCAGAAAGACUACAUCGGGCCCUACACCCUCCACGCUGACUACGAUCGACACACCGGCUGUUCUGCAUUUUUGAUCCUUCACAGGGACGCAACAUUUGCGUCGCCCAUAGAGCUAAAAGACGACCGCUACACCCCGUCUGUGGUGUUCCACCAUGCCACAGAACUGGGUAAAUGCCAAUGCGUCGACUUCAAUGCGCUGCAAGUCCACUGGGACGCCUUCCAAAACGUGAACCGCGCCGCCGUCGCCGCGGCCCGUCGUCUGUACCGCCUCUGGCCCAACUCGGAAUUCGACUUGAGAACGCACUACCGGCAGCUGUGGUUCAGCAUCGUAUCCAUGGCUGUCUCCAAGCACGGCCGGCCCGAGAGGUUCCGAGAAAAGAUUCCCGACGGCGACCAUAGAUGGCCGGCCCGGUACGCUGAGGCCCUGUUUCUCGAACUUUGGGAGCGCGGCCUGCCUGGAUAUGGUAUCGAACCACCGAGGGCCGUAAAGCUAAAUCAGGAACUGGGGUUAUCACAGUAUGAUGUCCAGGAGCUGCUCAUCGUCGCCGCUGUCCGCACUGAGCGCCAGAAAGGCACGGAUUAUAUGCUUUGGUUUGCUGAGAAAGCUUUCAAAACCAUGGACCGGAUCCUUAGACGGCGAAGGCGUACCGCCAAGAGGUAUUCCGAGCCAGAGCUGGAAUUCGCUGGAAAAAGUAUUUCCGAAGAUCCACGCGUCAUCAAGGUCUGUGACAAGGACAGGUACGCAGACACUACUCAAAGAGGAUAUACCUGCAGUCGGCGGUGGUCCAGUGGUGACAUCCACGCCGGUGAGAAAAACCGAGAGAAUGAGCGUGCAGACGCCUUUGAGCAACUUGAGCAACGACGGAAGUUAAUAUUCGAUGCCGUGCCCUCUGAUCGCUGGAAGGAAGACGCAAAAGGGACCAGUAAAUUUCCAGUGGCCGUUAUCCAUAACGCACAAGGUGAGGUCCCGGCCGUUUCUGUAUAG